UCCGCUGCACGCUCCUUCUCUCUCGACAAGAUGGCCACGCCGGCAGUACCUGGGAGUGUUCCUGUGGCCACUCCGGCCCCAGCUGAGGCCCCCGCCUCAGCCCCAGACCCUGCCCAGGCCUCAGCUCCAGCUCUGGCUCCAGUUCCCGCGCCGGUUCCAGCUCCCACUCCAGCACCACCCUCAUCCCCAGACCCGGCGGCAGCUGCGGCUGCGAGCACGGCGCCGGGCCAGACCCCGGCCUCUGCGCCGACCCCGGCGCAGACCCCGGCGCAGUCGCUGGUUGGCCCUGCUCUCCCAGGCCCCUUCCCCGGGGGCCGUGUGGUCCGGCUGCACCCGGUCAUUUUGGCCUCCAUCGUGGACAGCUACGAGCGACGCAACGAGGGUGCUGCCCGAGUUAUCGGGACUCUGCUGGGAACUGUUGACAAGCACUCAGUGGAAGUCACCAAUUGCUUUUCAGUGCCUCACAAUGAGUCAGAAGAUGAGGUGGCUGUUGACAUGGAAUUUGCUAAGAAUAUGUAUGAAUUGCACAAGAAAGUCUCUCCAAAUGAGCUCAUCCUGGGCUGGUAUGCGACAGGCCAUGACAUCACAGAGCACUCUGUACUGAUCCACGAGUACUACAGCCGAGAAGCCCCCAACCCCAUUCACCUCACCGUGGACACCAGCCUCCAGAACGGUCGCAUGAGCAUCAAGGCUUAUGUCAGCACUUUAAUGGGUGUCCCUGGGAGGACCAUGGGCGUGAUGUUCACUCCUCUGACAGUGAAGUACGCGUAUUACGACACUGAGCGCAUUGGAGUUGACCUGAUCAUGAAGACCUGUUUCAGCCCCAACCGGGUGAUUGGACUCUCCAGCGACUUGCAGCAGGUAGCAGGCUCAUCGGCCCGCAUCCAGGACGCGCUCAGCACAGUGUUGCAGUAUGCAGAAGAUGUCCUGUCUGGAAAGGUGUCAGCUGACAAUACCGUGGGCCGCUUCUUGAUGAGUCUGGUUAACCAAGUACCCAAGAUAGCCGCCGAAGACUUCGAGACCAUGCUCAACAGCAACAUUAACGACCUGCUGAUGGUGACCUACCUGGCCAACCUCACACAGUCACAGAUCGCCCUCAAUGAGAAACUUGUGAACCUGUGAAUGGGCCCCAGCAGCGUGAAGACUCAGAUGGCGGCGUGAAGUGGGAGUGGCUUCUUGUGGUUUGAGUCACACUGCAUGAGUCAACUGCCUAUGACUCUAAAUAAACUUAGCCUCUCUUUUGUAAAAGGA